CACUGGUGUUUACUGAGCUUACAAUAUCACCAGAAAAGUCGCAAUGUAGUUUCGAAGAAUCGACUUUGUACAGUGUCUUCUAGAGUAUACUAUAUGUUGUUUAUUUGUGUCCACUGAGCACUUCCGGCUCAAAUGAGCAGUGUACUAAGGUUUCUUUGUGUUGCUUAAACUACAUUUCCCACAGUUCCUCGAAACACGUGAACGCGCUUACGCCAGAUGGUGAAAUACACGCUUUCCAAACAGCAACAGUAACAAUUUUGACAAUAUUAUACAAUUCAGAGCUUUGCAGUCGGAUGUAAGUCCACAUUAUCAUCCAUUUCUCCAUUUUCUGCCACUUACAUGCGCACAUAGUUAUCAUAAGAGUUGGUGUGGCGUCACUUGAGCAGUAGUUUGUUUCUGUCUUCAAAACACGAGUCAGUAACGUUAGCUAACAUGUUGUGCUGUUGCUGAAGCCGGGCGCGACAGACGAGGGGAAUUGAAUCGUUUCUGCAUUCAUGAUGAAAUGCAGACUUCAGCUACAGUGGGGCCAGGGGAAGAACCCCCUUCCAUGUUGUGGGGACUGGACCCAGUGUUUUCUGCCUUCGCCAGGCUUUACAUCAAAGACAUCCUGCAUAUGACAGAGUCCAUUCAGGUGCCAGGCAUUUACUUCUACAACUCGCAUCCGAUCUACAAAGUUGAUGUGCUUGGAACGGUGGUCUACAGGAGGGAGAGAGAGGACUUCUUCUGUUAUGGAGUGGAUGAUGGCACUGGUGUUAUAAAUUGCCUGUGCUGGAAAAAUGAGUUGUGGAAAGACCAGGGAGAUUCUGGCAAAUCGGGAGGAAAGCACACUGAUGGGGCUCAGGGAGGCUUCAACCUAGUCACUGAGCUGAAGAAGCUGCGACAGGCCCAGCAGAGCAGCUGCCGCCUGGAAAUAGGAGAGCUGCUGCGAGUCAGAGGACCAGUGAAGACCUCCAGGCAACAGAGAGAGAUCAUGGCUUCUACCUACUAUAAAGUGAACGACCCAGUGAUGGCGGUGCAGAUAGCCUGGAUGAUGGAGGUUCCACAGCUCUACAGGCAGUGCUAUGACAAACCUCUCCAGCUGCAGCCUGCCGCCACAGGGUACAGCCGCCCAUCCCUCAACAUGCCGUCACAGUGGAUUACAAUGCUCGCCUCUGCCAUCAGCUCCCUCAGCCAGGCGACACAAAUUGUGAGGAACUUCCUCAAGCAGAAAUCGGUGAGCAAGUUCAGACCCUACGAUGUUCAGGGCCUUCUGGAGCCGCUGGUCUCAGGCCAAACUGAUGGGGCAUCAACAGACAAGGAGCCUGUGGCGGGUCCGUCCUCAGGCCAGCGGGUACGGCAGCUUCUGAAGGAGGUCCUGCAAAUUUUACAGGACGAGGGUGUUGUGUUCCGUAAGGUUAAGUCCCAGGAUGAACUCUAUCAUGUGACUGAACAGGACAAAGAUCUACUCAUCGCUGUCAAAGACGUCAUCAGGGAGGACUCAAGGAGAGAGAAAUAUGCAGAGAAGGGUUGCCACAUCCUGCACAUCCUGUCUGCAGUGAGACAGCGCUACAGUCCAAACGUGAGCAAAGUGGCCCUGGAGCUGGUCCUCAAAUCGCUGGAGUGCAACAGUGACAUUGUCAGCACCAGCAGCAACCAUUACACUAUGUUUUAACAUGGACAAAGCAGUGCGGGACAGUCCACAAGGGUCAGGACACCCGCAUUACUGUAUAUAGACUGUGACAUAUUGUUUAUUUGUCAAAAAAUGUGUGUGAAUAAAUCUUGCUGUUUGUAUUGACA